CAAUUCCUCAUUUUCAGUGUGUGAGUUCAUUAACAUAUACAAAUUCUCUGUGUUGUGUUGUGUACUUGUGUUAAUUGUGUUGUUGUUGUAGGAAAUUUAAGUGAAGAGAGAAUGAUGAUGAAGUCUGCUAUGUGUGCAUUGGUGCUUGUGGCACUGGUUGUGGUUGAAGUGGGGCCCAUGGCUGAGGCUGCGGUGACUUGCAACCCAACACAGUUGACUCCUUGUCUUCCGGCAAUUAAUUCAGGUUCUGCACCUUCGAGUGCUUGUUGCCAGAAGCUGAAGGAGCAAAAGCCAUGCUUCUGUGGCUACCUCAAAAACCCUAGCUUGAAGCAGUAUGUUAACUCUCCUAAUGCCAAAAAAACCGUUAGUUCUUGUGGUAUUGCCUAUCCAACUUGUUAAGCACCUCUUAUAUAUAUAUAUAUAUAUAAAAUGUGUGAACAAUAUAUAUAUAUUGAUUAAAAAAUAUAGUUUAAUUUAUAUACACACUUUGAUCCUAUAAAAACAUCUUGACACAAGCAUUCAAUAGAAUUUCACCACUUUAUCAUGACAUUUUACUAUAAUGAUGUGGUAAUAAAGUAAAUUCUUGUUGAAUAUUUUGUAUAAAGAUGCUUUAUACUCAUGGUUUCUGUGUAUAAAUUAAGCUUAUAUAUAUUUACACUAUAUAUUGCCACUUUACGUUUGUGUGAUAUUAAUUAUACAGUCAAGUAUUUAUUAGCUAUCUUUGAAUAUGGUGUAUACACUAGUAUACAUGUUGUAUCCAGGGAAUUAUGGUUAAAGAGCUAUAUAAAUUGAGAAAUAAUGAUGUUCUAGAGUGACA